CUCUGCCUACUUUCUCCGGUGCUGACCAUCACGAUGAGCUUUGGCUUUAGCUUUGGCGACUUUGUCGCUGUCCUUCAGCUUGCAAACAAUAUUCGGAAGCAGUUUGUUGAUGCUCCAAGCCAAUUUAAGGCAAUCUCCGAGGAGGUUAAGAGUCUUUCAAGUGUGCUUCAAGAUAUUGACGAUAUCUUGACGGCACGUGACCUCUCGAACCACCAGCAGACGGAACUAGGCAAUGUCAUUAAGCAUAGCCAAAGUGUACUCCAAGAGCUUGAUAAAAUCUUAGUCAAGUUUAAGGAGCUAGAUCCUGUCGCAAAAGGUAUAGAUGGAAAACCUCGAAGAGUGUGGAAAAGAUUUAGAUGGGGUCAAAAGGACAUUGAUGAGUUACGCAGCCGGAUUUUGUCAAAUAUUCUACUAUUGAAUACGUUCUUGGCACGAGUGAACAGCCAAGCAGUAUUCGCAACUAAAGAUGGCGUAGAGCGGUUACAUGAGCGCCAGGACGCUCAAGAACGUCAGCAAGAGACUCGAGAGCGGCAACGAGAGCAUGAGACCAUUCUCAAUUGGCUCACCCCAAUUGAUUAUGUCUCUCAGCAAAACGACUUCAUUACUCGGCGACAAAAAGGAACUGGCACGUGGCUCCUUGACUCCAUAGAGUAUCAAUCUUGGCGAGAGAAAAAAAAACAGACGUUAUUCUGUCCAGGAAUUCCUGGGGCUGGGAAGACAAUUCUCACAUCGAUUGUAGUAGAAGAGCUCACUACACGGUUUUCCACCGACCCGACUGUUGGCAUUACGUAUAUCUACUGCAACUUCCGGCGUCAAGAUGAGCAGAAGAUCGACGACUUGCUCACAAGCUUACUCAAGCAAUUAUCUGAGAGCCAGCCGUCUCUGCCAGGUACUGUGAAAGAUCUUUAUAAUCGACAUAAGACUAAACGGACACGGCCAUCCCUUGACGAAAUUUCUAGAUCUCUCCAGGCUGUGGCUACCUUAUAUUCUCGAGUCUUUGUUAUUAUUGAUGCACUUGAUGAGUGCCAAGCAUCUUAUGGCUGCCGCGAGAAGUUCCUAUCAGAGAUAUUUAACCUCCAAACCAAGACUGGAGCAAACCUCUUUACGACCUCAAGGUCUAUUCCAGAAAUUGCUGAAAAGUUCGAUGAAGGCUUGCGGUUAGAGAUCCGGGCAAGCAAUCAAGACGUACAAAGGUAUCUAGAUGGUUAUAUGUCACAGCUGCCCGGAUAUGUGCUUCGCAGUUCAGAUCUGCAAGACGAAAUCAAGACUAAUAUUACAAAGGCAGUUAAUGGGAUGUUCUUACUUGUACAGCUUUAUCUUGAUUCAUUAAAAGGGAAAAAAUCCCCCAAGGCUAUCCGUACCGCUUUGAAAAAGCUCCCAACCGGAUCCGAAGCAUAUGACCACGCAUAUAAGGACGCUAUGGAGAGAAUUGAAGGUCAGCUAAUAGACGAAGAAGAGCUUGCAAAACAAGUCCUCUCAUGGAUUACGUGUGCAAAAAGGCCGCUGACUACCUCUGAACUUGAGCAUGCCCUUGCUGUGGAGCCUGAAGAGUCGCAACUUGAUGAAGAGAAUCUAUGUCGAGUAGAAGACAUGGUCUCAGUGUGUGCUGGAUUAGUUACUAUUGAUGAAGAAAGCAGGAUUAUCCGGUUAGUUCACUAUACAACGCAAGAAUACUUCGAGCGAACGAAAAGCCAAUGGUUCCCACAAGCGGAGAGCGAGAUAACGAUAACCUGCAUUACAUACCUUUCGUUUAACGUAUUCGAGAGCGGAUUAUGUCAAACAGACGACAAGUUUGAGAAGCGGCUUCAAUUAUAUAAGCUAUACGAUUACGCCUCCCAUAACUGGGGACACCAUGCUCGAGCGGCUUCUAUAUUAAUUCCCG